UCUGGCUGGGCAAGGGAGAUGUCAAAAAUAUGAAACAUUAAACUGUAUGUCCGACCCAAUCCCGUCGGCUCAACUUUCUAACGCUGAAACGACACAGGAGAAUAAAGGAAGCUCAAAACUUGAAUCAGUUCAAUCUGAAAAUCCCUAAUUUCCCCAAAUUUCAUUUCCAAUUCCAAUCUUUACUUGCACAAUUCUCGCAAUCAACGCCAUUGUCAAAUGUUCAACAACAACAGCAUAUCAAUCUCAGUCUCCGAUGACGAACCGGACGAACUCGGCAGGAUGCGAGUCCGAGUUCGAAGGAAGCGCAAGAAAACCGGCCACCGACUCAAGAACGAGUUCUUGCACCGAGUCGUUCGGAAGCUCGUCAGAUACUGGGCUCUUCUAAUCUUUCUCCCAGCCCUUGGGUUGCUCCUCUACGAGGCAUCGAGGAUCGGGAGGAAGCCGAAUUCGGUGGCCAACACAGAACUCGGUGCGUCAGAAAAGUCGAUCUUGGUGGACUUGGAACUCAGUAACGUCACGAACCCGAGUUUGGAGAAGAAAUCGGACGGGAAUUUGAAUCGGCUUGAUGCUACGACUCGGGUUGUUGGAGGCGUUAGGCAACGUUGCUUGAAGAUCCUAUCUCCUGAAGAACUUGAGCAUCUGGAAAUUCCUGUGCAUGAAGAGGCCAAUAGUCCUGUUAGUAAAGUGUUAUACAUAUCAGAGAACGAUACUCCAUUCUUAGGAGGGAACAGCACUCUGUCUCAAGAGCACACAGAUGCCACAAGAUUUAAUUUAUUUACUGGAAGUCAAACUCUAGAUCAAAGAUCGAAAACGUUUAAGGUAAAUGAAACUGUUAGUAUGAACUGUGGUUUCUACAGUGAAAAUGGAGGGUUUAAGAUCUCAAAUGAAGAUAAAGACUACAUGCGAAGUUGCAAGGUUGUAGUGUCCACAUGUGCAUUUGGUGGUGGAGAUGAUCUUUAUCAGCCUAUUGGAAUGUCAGAGGCAUCACUUCGAAAGGUUUGCUAUGUCGCAUUUUGGGAUGAAGUUACUCUAAGUUCACAGGAAUCAGCUGAACAUAGAAUUGAUGGCUAUGGAUUUAUUGGAAAAUGGCGCAUUGUGGUUGUUAGGGAUCUUCCCUUUGCGGACCAAAGGUUAAAUGGAAAAAUCCCAAAGAUGUUGGCCCAUCGUCUUUUUCCUCAUGCAAAGUAUUCCAUUUGGGUAGAUUCAAAAUCCCAAUUUAGGAGAGACCCCUUAGGUGUGCUUGAAGUCCUUCUUUGGCGUUCAAAUUCUGUACUUGCAAUCUCAGAACAUGGAGCUCGCAGUAGCGUUUAUGAUGAGGCGAAGGCUGUUGUCAAGAAAAACAAGGCCAAACCAGAAGAAGUUGAGGUGCAGUUGAGUCAGUACCGCCAUGAUGGCUUACCAGAAGACAAGAGGUUCAACGGAAAGAAGGCUUUAGCCGAAGCAUCUGUUAUUGUGAGGGAGCAUACACCAUUGACUAAUAUGUUCAUGUGCCUUUGGUUCAAUGAGGUGGUUCGUUUCACUUCUCGUGAUCAGCUGAGUUUCCCAUAUAUAUUAUGGCGGUUGAAAGUGCUCAAGAACAUCAACAUGUUCCCUGUAUGCACCCGGAAAGAUCUUGUUAAUAGUAUGGGCCACAUACGAAAGGCUAAGCCACUAAGAAGUUGAUGGUAAUUGGGUAGUACUUCGACUUCUCAAUUAUUGAAUAGGGGGGCGCUGGGGCGGUCAGGCACUAGUAAAUUCCUUCAUUUGUUUGUAAUGUCAAUUGGUCGCUUACAUAUUUGAAUUUCUGUUCAUAAAAUUUUACAGGAAAAAUGGAUUUUAGCUUUACCGUUUGUUGUGUAGGACUUGCAUGGACUUGAAUGCCUGAGUUGUGCUUUAUGGGUCUUAAGGUUAGCGUUUGAAGAUCUAUUUUUCUCUUUCCACAUGACAUGGUCUUGGUAGGGAAUAUGUUUUGAAUUGUAGGUGUAAAGGGUACGAAACCUACCCCGACAAUCCAUAGUGAAAAAGAACAAAUAUUUUUUCUUGCAAAA